AGUCGUGGUGAAAUCUUAUUUGUAAGCAAAGCGCGCCAACAACUUCCUCCUGUGGGUGACGUGUAAGUGUAAGGCGAGAGGUGGACGUGUACUGGACAUUAGGUGGUGGCCUUAUUAUCACGUAACAGGUUUUUUAUUGAAGCCUGGUUUUAAAACUGUUGAAAUCCGACCCAUUCCUGGCUAGUACUUGACUGUUGCUAAUAUUCGUAACAGGCUCGGAGAUGUAUUCAGCGACAUCUGUAGGGGAUUAUCCCACUUCAUCCAAAGAGCAUACAGCGACCCCAGGGCUUACAGAGGGCGCUUCUCAGCCGAUCCAAGACGAAACUGAACAAGCUUCUGCUCCAUCGUUGUCUUCAAUGGAAGUCAUAGCAGGUUACGAGAACGUUACGUUUGAUUCAGUGCCUCUGCCCCCACCGUCGUACGAGGAGAGUAUGCUAAGUCAGCCACCCCCAGAACGAAACGACGUAUCGAGUAUUCCUGCCAUGACGGAAGAACAGGUUCGGGCAGCAUUGUUGGACCACGUAUCCGAACAUUGUUGCUAUGGUAGCGGACCGGCCAAGACAAUGGUCAUUCGUGACGUAUUGAUGAACAGUGCUUUCCAUUACACCUUGGAAACUUUUACUGAAAAACGUGAGACCGCUUGGGCUUAUGAACCUUAUGACGGAAGGCAUUUGGACACUGCAAUGAAUGGUCCAGCUCCAUCUCCUUGGGAUGUGCCAGUUAAUCCAAGUAAACAGUUCAUCAACGAACAGAUCAAGCUUGAGAUCCCUCACACUGCUUAUGCAAAGAUGUGCCACGCAUGCAUCGGGAAUGGACGGCAAAGGUGCUCUCGUUGUAUAGGGCUUGGACAGAUCUGUUGUACCUGGUGUAAUGGGAGUGGUCACACUCACUCAGUUCGUCAUCAUCAUCAUCAUCAUGAUAACGACCACCAUCAUCAUCAUGACGAUAUGUGUAAUCACUGUCUUGGUAGGGGACAACAACGGUAAGUAAUCAAAAUAUUUCA